CCCCUGUAAUGUAUUUAGUUGCGGCUGGAGGAGUAAAGGCGCGGCGCAGCGCUCGGGUUAAGAGGAGUGGGUGGGGCACAGGGAGCUGAUUAUCGCCUCAACUGCACCUGUGGCUACCGUGUGUCCGCGCUACGCAGUUUUCAGAGAGGAGAAGCGAUUUACCAUUGACGUGAUUAGUGAUUGUUUGCAUCAUGAGCAUUCUACCAACACAAGGCAGUGUACCAGAGGAAGCUGUAACCAGAUCUGGUGGUGAUGUGGAUGGUUUUGAAAAAGCUGUUGUUGGAGGUGUAAUUGCCGCCGUAUUUAUAACCCUCAUUACUGUUGUGGUGCUGAUCGCAGUCUACUUGUACAAGCACAAGGGCAGCUAUCGAACCAAUGAAAAUGCAGAGGAUGCGGAGGCAAGCAAGUCCUUACAGAUGACAGAGGACAGUGCCCUCACCCCAGAAAAAAAGGAAUAUUUUAUGUAGCCUCAAAAUCUUUUGGGACAUUUCAUAAUUCUUCAUAUCUGAAGGACUCUUAGCUGUCGACUUCUUCUGUAUUUGUGGAAUAUUUCAUAACUGAAGUAUAGAUCGACUCGACAAAAACCGGUGGUCUCUCUGGUCCCUGGCAAGGAGAUGGGUUAAUGAUGUAUUUUUUUUAAAUCUCUGAAUAUCUAACAUUUACUUUUGUUUUCGAAAACACCUUUUGUAACACACCCACACCCCUAACAUGUUCUUCAGCACCGUUUUGCUAGAGGCGACCUUCAUCUCUGCCCCUUCCUUGCCCCGCACUUUUAUUGCAUUUCAAUUUUCAGCCCUGGAGCUCUCUGUUCUGCAAAUACUUUUAUAUAUAACUUAAUAACGCUGCAAGGGACGGAGUCUAGUCAAGGGAGCAUUGCUUUAGUUAGAAGUGUAGUGAUCCCAUACAAUGUAGUUUCUUCCUGCAGAGCAUAUAAACACAGUGCAAGUCCUUGCUUCGGCCUAUUUACAAAAUAAAUAAAAUUCUCAUUUUAA